CAUUUACACUCAAAGUGUUCAGAUUAAUUUAAGAUUAACAAUGCUAAUACACAGGGAUCUUUCAAUUUGAGGAAACAGCAAAGUUUUGGCUUUUUAUUGUAUAUUUUUCACAAAAUGUAAAAAUAACAAUGGAAGACCUCUAAUCAUAGUAAAAAAUCACAUCCUUUUUUUUUUUUUUUUUUUUUUUUUAUAUAAAUGUUCUUUUAUGUUGUGUUGCCAAGCAAUCUUUAGAUAGAAUUCUAAGUAGAGUUCAGAAAGUGUGCAAGUGUGCUGCUAUGUGUUUGAAAGAUGUUUGUAGUGCUCAGUAUUCAAUUGGCAGAAAUUUGUCUAGUGUUUGUCUGGACUAGUUUGUCUCUAACAGGGUAUGGUAAACUCCAUCCUUUCCUCUUCCUCAGCUGCAUCGUGCUGCCUGGAUAGUACUCUGGCACUCUUACUGUAAUAGUUACUACAGAAAGACACAACAAAACCAACCAAUAACUAUUUAGGUAGUAAAACCCAAAGCUAGCACUUAGAUUUACUUGUUUGAGGGUUUUCAUAAAAGGGUCAUUUGCAGGCAAGAGAAUAAUCAAUAAUGAGGCUUUGAUUACAUCAUUGCAUAUUUGGCUGGAAAAAGCUGGCACUGAGUUGGAGUAUAAUAAGAGUCUGUUCUCUUUGGACUUUGGUGUUUUGUGUAUAUGGGAGGCGCUGGGAUCAUUUGUAAACAAUGCUCUCCUUGAUGCCAAGAGAGCUAGUGUGCUUUUGUAAGUGUUCAUCUCAUUUUCUGUGUUUCUGUCUCUCCUGUACUGGAGCCAUCCCUUCUUUCCUCCCAGCAUGCAUGCUUUCCGGUCGUCUUUCUGUCUCCUCUGCAUCAUUAAAGUGCGGGCACACUCUGCACAGACAUUUAGCCCUUGGCCACCUGCCCGCCUACAUGUGAGCCUCAUUUGGUGUGUUUAUCCUGUUUCCCAUUCAGCCAUUGAAGUGUUGUUUUCCUCUAAACUUGGGACCGCACCUCUGGUAUGCAGAGCUAUAAAUUCACACACCCACUGUACUUUUAAUAUUACAAGAAGACGGUAUACUAAAAAUCAGCCAGUAUGACAGGGAAAUGUGUGUGUGUUUCUGUGUUUGCAGUCCUCGCAGUGCAGCCUAUGCUCAGAGGCUGGCUUGCUUUUGUGCAUCUAUUCAGCUCGCUCUAUUGUGAGCAGCGGUGCUAAUUGCAGUCUGAAUGGUCUCGGCUAAAUGUUUUGUGACAGUUUGAAAGCAUGAAAGAAGAGAGGGGUGCACAAGAAAAGGAAUCUCUUUUUUUUUUGUUUUUUUUGUUUUUCCUCCCUCCUAAUGGCACAACGGAAUGCUCUUGGCUUUAACCUUCAACUCCCAUGCAACCCCUUUCCCCUCCCUCACGAGAGAGUCUCCUCUCCGAAUCAGGAAUAGAGGUAGAUAUAAAUAAAGCCCUGGUGAGGGAACAGAGAUCGGAUCCUGCUGAAGCCGUGUGGGACGAACGGGGCGGUCGCUCGCGUACUGAGCUGCAGCUCCUUGGCAGCAUUUCAAAUAUGAGCCUCAGAAGCCUCGCGAGCAGCAGACAUAUUGUAACAGGGAUGGCCAGUGCUCUGCACGCAGCCUAGCGCUUCUCUCAGGAUGGUCGGGCGACAUCUCUCUUCAGAGCUGCCCCCACAGAGUGCCCUGGCAGCCCAGUAUGAGAAUAUAUCCCUCAAUCGCAGUGCCACUACAGCCUCUACCAACAGCUGCAGCGGCUGGGAUCCACUGAUUAUUGACGAGCGCGAUACGGAGGCGUGGCCUUCCAUUUCAUGCAAAGAAAGCCACGCCCCUGCAGGAUGCCCCUUGGACACUGAAAGUAUCAGUGACAUCAGCAGCAUGAGCAUGGCCACAGGAGCUGGCCAGCAAGGCCAUUUCUCAGCCAAUCACCCCAGCAAAGCCAAUGCCAGCCACUCAGGAGGUCUGCUCUCUAGUGGGGCCAGCAGAGGCUGGGGCUCUGGCCCUUCUCCUGCCAGUGGAGGAGAAGGGAAGAAUGAAGUCUCCAGCACAUCAGUGGGAACCAGGGGUUGGGGCUCAUCCAACUUUAACUUGAACUUAAACCCCAACGCCAACCCCUCUGCCUGGCCAGUUUUGGGACAUGAAGGGACCGGCAUGGGUGGCGGCAGCUCUGGAGGAAACAACCCUCCUCCUCCUACUCUCUGUAGCCCACCGGGCACUUUGCCCAGCCAGGGCUCUAGCAGCAGUGGCAGUAUGGGUGGUGCCAAUGGAAAUUCUGCAGGUAAUGGUGGCAGUGGCAAUGGCAGCACCACAUGGGGUAGCAUUGUGCCCAGUGACUCCUCAGAGCCACACUCCACCCCAUCCACGAAUGUGUCUUUCAGCUCCGAACCUCAGAACCUUAACACUGAUGGACCAAAUCACACUAAGCAGGAGCCCAGAAGCCCAGGCCACAGCCUGCCUAACUGGGGGGUUGGCCCUGCAGGCAUGGGCUCGUUUGUUCAAACUCCAGGAGGAGCCUCGCAAGUCAAUGGAGAUGAGGAACCUGUUUGGGGUAAUGGAGAUACCAAGUCUGGUGGUGGCUCAAAAGACUCUGGUUGGGACUCAGGGAGCAGCUGGGGACAAGGUGGGGCCUCAGGCACUUCUGGCUGGGGACAAGCUGCCUCAACUGGGGACUGGGGUAAGCAUUCCAACAGUGAGGCAAAAGGAUGGGAUUCUUCAAGCUCUCCCACUCAAGAGCAGCAGCACAAUUCUUGGGUCCGUGGGGCCAAUGCUACAGCUAGUGAGGGAAGCAGUGACAGCAUGGAAUGCCGUCCUCGAAGGAGGGACCGCUCAUCAAGAGAUGAGGCUCCCCCUAUUCUGCCAGCCCAGGAUAUGGACCCUCGGGUUCUGUGCAACACAGGCUGGGGACAAACACCAGUGCGGCAGCACACAGCUUGGGAGACCGAAGAAGCUGCACGCUCCAACCGCAAGAAUGACAUUGGAACUGAUGCCUGGGGCUCAUCCUCAAAUGCAGCCAAUCUAGGACCAACACCAACUUCUGGCAGUGCCAACCCAAACUCAGGCACUACAUCCAGACCUGACUCUGGAGGCAAGAAUGAGGGCCCAUGCCCUAGUACUGGAGCUACAUCUGGAUGGGGCACAGCUAUGCCAUCACCCCAGGUUAGCUCUGGUUGGACUGAUUCAACCAGCAACAAGAAACCUUCCAAUGGUCCUGGAAGUUGGAGCAGUACCCCAGCCGGAGGCCCAGGUGGCAGCCUGCAGAAAAGUGGUCAGACUUGGGGUUCAGAGGAGAAGUCUCCUACCUGGGAAGACAGUCACGCUAAAGUCAAACCACAGGGCUGGGGUGAGGGGCCCAAACCAUCUCACGGAUGGGGUAAUGGACCUGGUGGAGAAAGUGGGUCUGGAGGAGAAUGGGGUGAACAUGGAGAUGGAAAGAAAAAUGGUCCCUCCAGCUCUACCUGGGAGGGAGAGGGUACCAGCUGGAACGAGGGCUCCAGGGGUUGGGCAAAGCCUACUUCAGGAGUAGGGGGAAACUGGGGAGAUGCACAACGACCCAGUGUGUCACAACAAGGAUGGAAUAAGCCUCAGGAGGGCACCAAUGGCAAUAGUGGCAGUGGAAGCAUGGGUUCUUGGGGAGGUCCUAGCUCUGUAAAGCAGAGUGGCUCUGGGUGGGGUGGAGGAAAUGGUGGAGGUGUUAAACCUGACCAUACUGGAGAGCCCACUGGAUGGGAGGAGCCCUCUCCACCCUCCGUCCGUCGUAAGAUGGAGAUCGAUGACGGUACCUCAGCUUGGGGUGACCCAAGCACUUGCAACAAGACAGUCAAUCUCUGGGACAGGAAUAACCCUGGGAUGCAAGGCAAAUCAGGACCUGGCAAUGCCAACAAUGUACCCAACAACCAUCAUCAUCAUCCCCACCAUAACCAGCCUCCCGUGCAGGCUCACAGCCAUGGAGGGCCAAACUCAAACAAUAAUAACAUUUCCCCUGAUAACGCUGGCCCACAUCAAACGGGACCGCCUCACAAUAGAACAACCCUCAUGAAUCCAGGAUGGAGUGAGAUGACAAAUGUCCAUUCAAAACCUGAGCCCUCAUGGGGGGAGCCAGCCACCCCUGCAGCAAGUGUGGACAAUGGCACUUCAGCAUGGGGCAAACCCCCAGGUGGUUGUGGCAGCUGGGGUGAUAAUGGCCCUGAGGUCUAUGGUCGAGGCAACGGACCCCCUGGAUCUGCCCCCUGCAAACCUGCCCCAAAAUCUAUGCAAGAUGGCUGGGGAGGUGGUGAGGACAUGGGCCUGUCUGCAGGGCAGUGGGAGCAGGAUGAGAGUGACAUGUGGAACAGCACUGCAUCUCAGGAGAGCAACUCCUCCUGCAGUUCCUGGGGCAACCCACCCAAAAAGGGCCCACCAAAGGGAAAAGUCCCAAAUAAACAGGAUGAUACCUGGAUAAUGAAUCGUCUCAUCAAGCAGCUGACUGACAUGGGCUUCCCUAGAGACCCUGCAGAAGAGGCUCUCAAGAGCAACAACAUGAACUUGGAUCAGGCCAUGAGCGCCCUUUUGGAGAAGAAGACCGAACUAGAUAAACGGGGGAUGGGAAUCUCUGACUACAACAACGGCUUAGUCAAUAAACCAAUGGGAUGCAGGCCUUCAGUCAUCUCCAAAGAAUCCUCUUCAGAUCGCCCCCCCUUCUUGGACAAGGAUGCUGGGCUAGCAGAUGAUGCCCAAACCUCACCGUUUAUGCCUUCUCCGAGCCUGAAGCUCCCAUUGGGUAGUGCUGCACUCCCUGGCCAGAGUCUUGGAGUUGCAAUGCAAAACUUGAAUAAUAGACAGAUGCAGAGUGGAGUGUUUGGUAGUAGCGGAGCAGCACAAGCCCGGGCCCUGCAGCAGCAGCCUCCUCCCCAGCCGUCAGUGCCACCUCUCAACUCGUCCCAGCCUAGUCUACGCGCUCAAGUGCCUCAGUUUCUCAGCCCUCAGGUUCAAGCACAGCUUUUACAGUUUGCAGCAAAAAACAUUGGUCUCAACCCUGCACUUUUAACCUCACCAAUAAACCCUCAGCAUAUGACCCUGUUGAACCAACUUUAUCAGCUGCAACUGGCGUACCAGCGUUUACAAAUUCAGCAGCAGAUGUUGCAGGCACAGCGCAGUGUUUCUGGCCCCAUCCGUCAGCAAGAGCAGCAAGUUGCACGUACAAUCAAUAACAUGCAGCAACAGAUCCAGCAGCACCAGCGGCAGCUGGCUCAGGCUCUGCUGAUGAAACAACAGCAGCAGCAGCCACCCCCCUCACACCCGGGCCUGCAUCCCAGCAUAGGCAAAUCAGCUCUGGACACAUUUCCAUCCCAUCCCCAGGUCUCCAGCCUCUCUGUUUCCGACCUUCAGACCAAAGAGCCACAGUCUUCUCCAAACUCCUUCUCACCCUACCCUAUUUCUGGAUUGAACCCCAACAUGAAUGUAAACUGCAUGGAGGUGGGUGGCCUCUCCAUUAAGGACUCUCCUCAGCCUCAGUCACGCCUAUCACAGUGGACACACCCUAACUCCAUGGAGAAUCUAUCUGGCAACUCCUCUCCUAUGGAGCCCAAUUUCAGCAAGCAUGGUGCCAUCUCUGCAGGCCCCAAUCUGGGUCCCCCUAGUAAGCCCCAGCUGGACGACUCCUACAGUCCCUACAAUCUGAUUUCAAGCUCCGAGUCUCCUGCCAGCCCUCUGGCACCUCAUGAUAGCUGGGGCCAGGGAAAGAACAACAAUGACAAGAUCUCCAAUGGGACUAAUGUCAACUGGCCUCCAGAGUUUUGUCCAGGAGUGCCCUGGAAAGGACUGCAGAAUAUUGACCCUGAGACUGACCCCAAUGUAACUCCAGGGAGUGUUCCCAGUGGGCCCACCAUCAACACCAACAUUCAGGAUGUUAACCGCUACCUGCUGAGAGACAGGAGUGGAGGUUCCACCCCAACUUCCUCACAGGGUGAGGCUGUGCCUCCCUCCAGCGAUUGGCCAGUCACUAGCUCUUUCAGUCUGUCCUCCCCCGAGGCAGACAGCACAGGCAAGCUAUCUGACAUGAAGUCCACUUGGUCCCCAGGGCCCAUCUCACACACCCAGCCUUCUCUCUCUCAUGAGCUUUGGAAAGUUCCACAAGGACCCCGGAACACAACAGCUCCCACACGGCCACCUCCGGGCCUGACCAACACCAAGCCCUCGUCCACGUGGGGCGGAAACACCCUGGGCCUCGUGGCUGGCUGGAGCAGCUCCUACUCCUCAGUAGGUACCACAUGGAGUACAGACAGCUCCAGCAGGAGCACUAGCUGGUUGGUUUUGAGAAACCUCACACCUCAGAUUGAUGGCUCAACACUGCGGACACUGUGCAUGCAGCACGGCCCGCUAAUCACAUUCCACCUCAACCUGACACAGGGCAAUGCCGUGGUGCGCUACAGUUCUAAAGAGGAGGCUGCCAAAGCCCAGAAGUCCCUACACAUGUGUGUUCUGGGAAACACCACUAUACUGGCAGAGUUUGCUGGAGAAGAGGAGGUGAACCGCUUCUUUGCACAGGGUCAGUCCCUUACGCCCACCACCAGCUGGCAGGCCAACCCCGGCACCAAUCAAACUCGGCUGGGAGGCGGAGGGACGGCGGCCACACACCCCAUCGGCCACUGGAACAGCAGCAGUCUGGGAGGAGGAGGAGCAGGCGGGACAGGGUCCGGCGGUAAGGCAAGCAACGAGCUGCUGUGGGGGGGCGUACCGCAGUACUCCAGCCUGUGGGGCCCGCCCAGCGCGGAGGACGGUCGAGUGGUCGGCAGCCCCACCCCAAUCAAUACGCUGCUUCCUGGAGACCUGCUGAGCGGAGAGUCCAUGUGAGAGCGCCAAGCGCUCAACACCCUACCGCAGCGAAAUAUGAAACUUCACGAGCAAAAACCAAGCAAAUCAUUUGGCGAUAAUCAACGUCAGUAGAACUGUGAAAAACCAAGAGACAGGAGGCUCAGGCCACACUUGCUUAGAGGCUGCUGACCUUCUUCCUCUACUUUUUUUGUUUUGUUUUGUGACUUUUCAUCUGUGUUCUUUUGAUCAUUAGGCUUGGAUUACAGUAUUCUAUAGACUUCUUACGAAGAUCCGUGACUAAAAGAGAAGUGAACCUUUACAGAAACGUUUCUCUAUUAACUGAUACCAGUGUAAAAGUGUAUUUUACUACAAACCGAUGAGACAAGCUGCCAUUGUUUUAAAUUCCUCUGGCACGAGUACAUCUUGUCAGCCCUAUCACAGCAUAUUGCCCUCUCCCCGAAGAAAUAUGCGUCAUUCCAAACUAAUUCACUCCCUGUGUUUUGGACUGGCUUUUUUUUUUUUUUUUCUUCAUUUGUCCUUUGGAUCGUUUGGAUUAAUUAACAGCACUAAACUUUAGCCUUAACUGCUGAUCAGUCCCACUCCACUUGUACUCUGAAGAAACAUCUUGAGAAUUGCACAUUUUCUCAUCUCUGAGCCAGGACUGUCAUGGGUUCGAUCUCAGCUGCAGCAUUUGUCCUCCUUGUUUCCCUCGAUUGCCAUCCUGUCCUCAUUACUCUCAAAAGGACAGACAUGUAUAUGACCCCUCUGCACAUUUGAGGCAUUUAUUCUUAAGCUGAGAGGACAUGUGGACAGCUGAGGAAUAUAUUAACCACUUCUCACAAAAAAAAAAAACUGUACAGGAAACACUUUUUCAGAUGGACUACUUUCAUUUUCCUAAAUGACCUCGGUCCUCAUUGUCGUUCGUCUGACGUGCAAUAUAUGCCACAGACUCUUCCGUCCAUCUUUACGCAGUGCUUUUUUGCCGGCGGAAAGGUCGGAGCUCAUCUGGGGACGGGAGGGAUCAAAGACUCGUCUCCAGCCCACCAAGCAUGGGACUGAACAGAAGAGGACUCUGUCAGUGUGUAAGCCCAUGGUGAUGAAACAUUCACUAGCACUUCCUCUACACACUCAAGGACAAGUGUGACUACAGGGGCAACAGGGGCUUCAAACCAAAUAAGAGGUGUUUCUUUGUAACCCAGUAGACAAAGUGCUUUUUUUUUUUUUUUUUCGUUGUUGUUGUAUUUGGUACAAAAGUAUGGAACAAAGAAGGUGUGGUUUCUUCAUAGCACUUAGCAAGAGCGUCAAGCUCCGACUUUAAUGCCAACAAAUCACACGUGUACGUGUGAAACUGACAAAAAGCGACGAUGAAAAGCAAUCUACCGAACUUCUCCUCCAUGCUUCUUUUUGAACUCUAAACGGAUUUUGCCGUUUCAUUUCUUCUUCGUCUUUCCACAGUCUUUCAACUUUGAAAUCAGACAUUUCAAAAAUGGUAGCAAAACGAAGGGAUGUCUGAUGAGGAAAAAAAACACCACAACAAGACUGAAACGUUUACGUGUUUUUUCUUUCAGAUGAUAUAUAUCAAAGUAAAUAUCACUGUUACAGUACUCCAAAAUCAUUAGCCUUUUUGUCUGGAGAUGCUAGACGUGUUGUAAUGUUUCUAAUGGAUUCUGUGGGGCCCCCUGCCCUGGUGGCCCUGCCUACCUGUAUGAUAAGUGUGGCCAUUGAGUGCCUAUCUGCUGUGGCGCCUCGGGUGCCCACGCUCUGACUUUUGACCCGCUGUGCCAGGCCGGUGCACCAGAUGCCAGAACGGACCUGCCUGGGCCGGAGCAGUGGCUCCUUCAGACCUGGCUAAUCAGUACGUACUACUACUGCGCCAGCACUCGACCUCGUCUCAACUUCACUCUCAUAGACUCUCUCUCUCCUUCUCAUGCAAAGAUCACUUUAGCUGGAAGUGGACAGGUUCGUUUCAAGUACUUUUUACGAUCAAUUGGGUUUUUCCCUUCUGGAAUUGCCAGUGUUGUUUUUUUGUUUCGUUUUUUUUUUUUUGGUCAACAUUGCUGUUGUUAUCGUCGUUGCUGUUGUUGAUGUUAUAUCGUUCUUUUGCGCUUUUUUGUUUUUUGGUUUGUGUGUGUCAAUGCAGUGGUCUCUAUGGUAGCUGCUCUCACCAGCCCCUCUUGCUGCGCAUAUGCAGAAAACACUCUGAUUAAGAGGCACACCUCAGCGUAAACCUUGGCGAUUGAAAAAUAUGGAAUCACUUGUAGUGACGGAAAUGGAUUGUUUUCAGUCGUGCGUUUAAGGCCGGAGCGCACUUUUAAGGCAUGACGAAGAGUAGGUUGAUGGUGCUCAGUUUGUCUUCUGCCUCUCCUCUAAACUUUCCUCCGCUCCGGCGUCAGAGGCCUGCCAGGCCACACGCUCACACUGGUGCUUACGACAAAGGGCAGACAGAGUACACUACUUUACCUGGUCGCCUCUUCUCACAGUAAUAAAAGCAAACGAUAACGGAGACUCUGCUCUCCACUUCUAUGCAAAGACCGACCGAGAGGUGCAGUUCACGGCCUUCAGCUUCAAUCUGUAGUUCUCUCCAAGCCCACUCUUCAGCUUACCAGGAAGAUCAUGAGAAGGCAGCUUCCUUACGGUGUGGCCUAAAGAAAGAAACCGGCCCGCUUCAUUUGAACUGAUUACCAGGCCCUCACUGUUUACUCUCUGAAUGAUCUCUUACAUUAUGUACAUGCAGUCUCAGGGCAGCCUCAGAGAACCCCAAACUGUUUAUCGUUACAAGCGGGGCGUAGUCGUGCAUUAUCGCAUUAUCCGAUGUGGCUUUAAAGAUGCUAAAUGGGUGGGCGAGUGGACUCGGAGAAGGAUUCGCAGAGGAAGUCCCUCUGUUUUUUCAGAUCCUAAUGUUCCUAUUCUCAACCGUAGACUUAACCUAGACAUGAAUCUAUCAGAGUGGGAUUCCUUAUUUCUUGAAAUGUGUUUUGAUGUUUGGUUUUGUAAAGAGCACAUGGAGAUGGAGAGGUAGAAUGCAGGUUGGCACCAAGACAGACGGGUAGCACCUUGUCCCAGGUAUCAAAUAUAUACGCCUGGGAGGACUGCUGAGAAUUAAACAGGGAAUCCAGAAUGUUUAGGUGCACUGUAGAUGGUUCACAUUUGGGUACAUCUUUUUUUAAAACCAAAAAAGGUUUUUUGUCGCAUUAUUAUUAAUGUUAUUGUUGAAAAAGGAAACUUUAAAUCUGUAGUACACUCUUUGACUGAAGUGCUUCUCUCUGCAAGCCUUUGACGCCCUGAUGUGGCGGACAGAUGACUCUGGGGUUGCUGUAUUGAUGGUAUUAUAUUCUGUCCCGACCCGAUACUAGGGGAACGGUACAGAUUAUUUUUUAUUUCGUUUUAUUUUUUAAACAGGUCCAGGUCCACAUGGACCUAUUGUAUCAGGAGGCCUGGGGCACAUGCCAGUUGAUACCAAGUCUUAAAAGGGGAAAAUCCCUUUCUGGAAGAAAUUUUCUUCUUCUUCUUCUUCUUCUUGUUUUUUUUUUUUUUUUUUUUUUUUUUUUUUUUUUUUUUUUUUACUUCACACUCGAGUGACACUAGCAACAAUCACUAUUGCCUGUUUUUGAAGAUAUAUAUAUAUAUAUAUAUAUAUAUAUAUAUAUAUAUAUAUAUAUUUAACUGCCUUUCUCUAAGCUGUACUCGAGACCACAGAUUGAAAAAGAAAAAAAAAAAAGAAAAAAAAAAACGACCAUCCAAAACUUGUUUAAAAUCCAGAGGAAUGCCUGUCAGGCUAGCUAGCUAGCUAAAAAAGUGGCCAGUCCUCCACUGUGGGCAUACUGAGUCUUAUCUGUAGGACUAAUGUACCCCAGCUCCACAAGAUCGGCUCAGAUGCAACUUUGUGUAGAUAAGAAGUCCGCUUCAAUCGUACAAAAUAACAGGGCCUGGGUGGAGAUGAGCUCUAAGAAAAUCAAAUCCUCUUUCUUAGGGCCCUGGCUAGAAUAUGCACAUGCUGGUUGAUAUACAUGUACAUCUGAAAUCCUGUGUAUGUAUAUAACUGGUUGUAAUUUUUAUUUUUAUUUUUUCCAUUUACUUUUCAUUUUUUUCAGGCCUGAGUAACCCCGUUUCCUUCUCUCCAUGAAUUUACCUAGAUGAUAAACGCAUAAACAUAUCAAAAUUAUACAAAUGAAAAAACACAAAUACUUGAAUCAAAAGAAGCGCCAAUAAUGUAAUGUGAAAAUUUUUGUAAUAAUUUUGUCAUUCAUACACUUCCAAGCUUUUUGAUAACAUCAGUUCAAACUGAACGAGAAAAAAAAACGUAGUUAAAAAAAAAAAAAAAAAAAAAUUAAAAAACAAAGAUAAGAAAAAAAAAAAGCAAAACGACAUCGGUUGUAUGUGAGUGUUUGCACAAGGUUGCGUGUACUGUAUGACGGACGAAUGCGUUUGUUUGCCUGUGUGUGAGUUCAAACCAAUGUAUGCUAGUGAUUACAGUGGAUUUGUUUUCGCCUUUGUUUCAUCUUAGUGUUUUUUUUGUUUGUUUGUUUGUUUUUUUUUUUUGUCUGUCUUUUGUUCGCUAGUCAAAAAUAUAUUCGGAUGUGUAUUGUUAUUGUAUUUGUUAUUAGCUUUGUUAUUAGAGUUGCACUGAGUGUCUGCUUCCCCUCAUUCAGCUAAUCGUACAACAUGAUAUUAAAGUACUAAGGGGACAAGGUGACAAUUCAUGUGUUAAUGUUUACUCAAGGACUUAUUGAGAAAUAUAACAAGUGUGUUUUUUAUCUGUAAUACGAUUAUCUACCUUAUAGUGGCUUUUAUUGUGGAAUAAUCCAUGAUAAAGAAAUGGAUUAUUUUGAGUAUUGCACCAUUUUUUUGUUUUCAGAUUAUAAACAGAAAAAAUGCAAAAUACUACAAAAAAAAAGUAUAUGAAUAUGAAAUGUGGGGAAAAAUCUUUUUGAAGAACUGUGGCCAUAGAUUGAUUUAGAGGGACUUGUAACUCCCCAUGUUACACCAUGAUGAGCUGGAUAGACAUCUGGAGAAGAGUUUCUUACAAGACUCAUUUCAGAGGUGCCUACCUUUCUGGUUUGCUAUUUUUUUUUUUUUUUUUUAUUGUUAAUGUUAAUUUCUGUUCUAGUUUUUGUUCACUAUCUUUGUGCAAGGCCACCAACAGUUUACAAACAUUUCAUGUUUUUCUGAAGUUAAAGGAAAAAAUGUUGCGAUGGGAUUGUCAUGAGAAGAGAAAAGAAAGAAAAUCCUAAAGGACAUAUACUUCCAUCAAAUGAAUAACAAAAACACUUUACAGAAUGAAGAUUAUUGUGCUACUUGGAGAACUCUGGGAUUGAUCAGUGUUGUCAUGUUUUUGUUUUUAUUUAUGUUGGCAAUGUUACUUACAUAGAUUAUCAAAGCCUGUAUUUUUUUUUUUUUUUUUUUUUUUUUGGAAAGCAAAAAAAAUCCUUUUUUUUUUUUUAAAAAGAGAGAAAAGAAGACAUAGUUGUUCACUAUCUUGCACACACAAAAAAGUGGAUCAUGUCUCAGGAAGGCAAGGGUUCCAGAGUACCAACUCCACGCCAUUUAAUGUUUGUUUUUAGAGAAAGAGGAUAACGGAGAGAAAAAAAAAAAAAAAAAAAAAAAACAUAAGCACUGAAGGUUAUGGAUUUCAGAAGAAGAAAAUACCUUUGUUUCUAAAUCCGUAGCAGUUACAUAUUUACCAAAUAAUGAACUCUUAAUGAACUUUAAAAGGAGUGCUUUAUAUAUAAAUCUAUAUAUUGAAAUUGCUUUACAUUUUAAACAAAAUGAUCAAUGAUUUUGAUUGUUCAAAAGACGGUGAAAGAACAUACAAAUGCUGUAUGUUUGAAUCUUUAUUGUAUUUUCUUAACAUGAGGUCCCUUCCUGUUGAAAUCAGGACCAUUGUGCAUUACUAUUUCUUUCCUCUUUGUCAUUCUGUCUCUUGUGGCGGGUAUUACAUGAUGAGAACUAAAAACGAGGGGUUGGGGGCAGGGUUUCUGUAUCAAUUUGAUUGAUUUAAAGAGAAAAAAAAAAGCUGGUUUUUACGGAUCAUGAUCUAUGCACAAGGGGGGUGGGGUUCUUAAAGCCUCUGUGACCCAUCUCUCAUUGGGAUUAGAGGGAUUCUUUUUUGUGUGUCCUUUUAUUGUGCUCAUAUGCUCUGUUGUCUCCCUCCCCCACCGACCCCAUCUUACUUCCCAUUUUUCAUGUUUCUUACAUACAGUACAUCGCCAUGCUGUGUAUUCCUAAACCAAUGAACGUCUCAUUCUGAAGCACUGUGGGGUUUUUUUUUGUAGCCCAUGACUUUCAAGGUUGUCUGUGUUCUUUGUGUGAGUGAGUGUUACUGGGAUGAGUGUGGAUGGAGAUACUGGGUUGCUUUUGCCUUUUGAUUUUAAAUGUUAAGGAAUAUGUCUGUACUGAGAUUUUAAGAAGUCAGUGGCUUUUAAUGUUUUUGUUUGUUUUCUCUCUUUUUCUCUUUCCUCAUAGAAUGUGAUUGUUGACAUGCACCGAAAAAAAUGUUUUGAACUAUGGAGCUUCUUUCAAACAAUUAAUAAAUUGCAUUUUUGUUCUUGGCUGUAA